CGGGCUCGCUGCUUAGCGCGGCGGCGGCGGCGGCGGCGGAGCGCGGCGGCUCCCGGGAGAGGGGCCUUUUGUCUGGAGCGGCGGCGGUGGGGCCCGGAGCGGCGAGCGCCGGCGUCUCUCCCCCAUCGCGCCCUCCGACCCCACUGCUUUGGCCGCACCUCAGGAACUGCAGGGGGUCCGGGUCCGGAGGCGGACCUCUUUACCCUUCUCAGGCCACCCGCCCACUCGGCCGGGCAUCGCCCGAAGCGGCCGGCAGCCCCGCCCCACUCCGAGCCCGCCCCCCGCCGCGCUGUGGGGAAGACCGGGCCAGCGUUUCCGUGCCGCCGCCUCGGGACCGGGGAGCCCUCGGGCCGAGCCGCUGUCGCCCCCCAGAGCAGGCCCCGCCGUCGCCGCCGCCGCCACCGCCACCGCCGCCUGGAGCUCCCUCGGCGGGCAGCAUGAAGAUCAAGGAUGCCAAAAAGCCCUCUUUCCCAUGGUUUGGCAUGGACAUAGGAGGCACUCUUGUGAAACUUGCUUAUUUUGAACCCAUUGAUAUCACAGCAGAGGAGGAGCAAGAAGAAGUUGAAAGUUUAAAAAGUAUCCGCAAAUAUCUGACUUCUAAUGUAGCCUAUGGGUUGACUGGAGUUAGGGAUGUUCAUCUUGAACUGAAGGAUUUGACACUCUUUGGCCGAAGAGGGAACUUGCACUUUAUCAGAUUUCCAACCCAUGACCUGCCUACUUUUAUCCAAAUGGGGAGAGAUAAAAACUUCUCAACAUUACACACGGUGCUAUGUGCUACUGGAGGUGGUGCUUACAAGUUUGAAAAAGAUUUUCGCACGAUUGGAAACCUCCAGCUGCACAAACUGGAUGAACUUGACUGCCUUGUAAAGGGCUUGCUAUAUAUAGAUUCUGUCAGUUUUAAUGGACAGGCAGAAUGCUAUUAUUUUGGCAAUGCCUCAGAACCUGAAAGAUGCCAAAAGAUGCCUUUUAACUUGGAUGACCCAUAUCCACUUCUGGUCGUGAACAUUGGUUCUGGAGUUAGUAUUUUAGCUGUCCAUUCCAAAGACAACUAUAAGCGAGUUACUGGAACAAGCUUGGGAGGUGGCACAUUUCUAGGUUUAUGCAGCUUACUGACUGGCUGUGAAAGUUUUGAAGAAGCUCUUGAAAUGGCUUCCAAAGGCGAUAGCACUCAGGCUGAUAAAUUGGUCCGUGAUAUUUACGGAGGAGAUUAUGAGAGGUUUGGCUUGCCAGGAUGGGCUGUAGCAUCUAGCUUUGGGAACAUGAUUUAUAAGGAGAAGAGAGAAUCUGUGAGUAAAGAAGAUCUAGCAAGAGCUACUUUAGUUACUAUCACCAAUAACAUUGGUUCUAUAGCAAGGAUGUGUGCUGGUAAUGAGAAAAUAAAUAGAGUUGUCUUUGUUGGAAACUUUCUACGUGUCAAUACCCUGUCAAUGAAACUUUUGGCAUAUGCAUUGGAUUAUUGGUCCAAAGGCCAGUUGAAGGCAUUGUUUCUAGAGCAUGAGGGGUACUUUGGAGCAGUUGGUGCUCUCUUGGGGCUGCCAAAUUUCAGCUAAAGCAUGGAAGGUCAAUAAUGCCAGCUGAAAAUCCGAAGAAUUAUUAUUGCAUUAUUUAAAUUGAUGGGAACCAAAGGACAAGGGGGGAAAACAGCAAUGUUGCUACUCAUUUUUAAAUGUCAAAAUGGUAAGCUGCUGAAUGUUGCCAUAUUAAAGUGAGAUCUUGGUAACAUGAAGCAUUUCCAGUUGAAAUGCUUUUGGGAUUUUGGUCUUACUCUUCUGUAUAUAGCCAGUAUUAAAUCCUUUUGAUGCAAUACAACCUCUGAGCUUCUCAAAUAUUUUCAUUUAUUUUUAAAUAGUUAGCAUUAUGAUACUGUAUGCUCAAAUAAAAAUCUUGAAGUCCCCACUUAGUUUAUUCUAAAUGUAUGUUAUAAGGAUAUCUUGCCCAUUUUUUGCUUACUUUUCAUUCCCUAUAUUGAAAAUUCACCAUGACAACCAAGGCAUCAUUGAGAUUCCAUUUUCUUGCGUAGAAAAUUUCAGGCAUUGAGAACCAUUAGUGCUUUUCUAAUGCAUUUUCUUAAAAGUUUCUAUAGUUGAGAGAUCCCAGCAGAAUUUAAAGUAUUUUCAAAUACCAUAAUGUAAUUAAAAUAUAGGUAUUUGUGAUACUCCAAGUGUAAGUUCUGACUAAUUUUUCAAUUGGUGCAGUAGAGCACUGUUCAUGGAGUCGAAUCAUUAUGCUUAAUACAUUUAAAGAUAAAACAACUAACAUUUGAUAACUUAAUUGGUGAUUUCUUUAAUAAUAACUAAUGUUUUGAGAUCAAAGUACAUCGCUCAAUUUGGAUGUUAUUUUCUCUAAUACAUUCCUUUCAACCCAGACUUCAGCCACUCAUUAUAAGGUCUGAACCAACAAGGCAAAAAACUUUGUAUCCCAUUAUGUGGGGGUGGGAUAAUUGAAAGAUUAGUUAUUUUGAAGCUUCAUGGGAUUCAGAGGCAGUAUUGCAGAAUCACAAAAGGAUCAGUGUUUUUGUACAUUCUGGCAAUAAAAAUAUAAUUCUAAUGUUUGUAAAACUUGUUGGUCUUGGAGUUUACCCUCUGUUUUGGAAUCAUUGUUUUUGGUAAAUUUGUGUGAAGUUUUUUAUUUUCAAAAUAACAUCAAAAUAGUUAGUGCAAAGUUCAUGAGAUUUGUAGGAUUUGGAAGGCUCAGAAUAUUAACCACCUCUUGACCUGCACCAUGAUGGUGCUCAUUACAAGAAAAGUGUUACGUAUUUGUAUAAAACCAAAAGCACAGCAUCAUUCAGCUAUGGACACAGUAGAGAAGACUUUCUGUUAUGUUUUUCAGUAGGCUAUAAUGUGCUAUUAUAGACCUUUCUCCAUGUAUCCUUUAGAUAUCAUGCUCAAAUAUUUACCAGACCCUAUUGAUCAUAAGAUAUUCCUUCUAUAAAGGCAUUCAUUUCUGAACCGUGGAAUUCUAAGGGAAAUUGGGAAUAAUGGGAAUGAUAUUUAAAAAGAAUGCAAUUAAUUUUAAACUGAACAAACUUCAGGUCAGAACAUGUUUUAAAAUCUCAAAUAAUAAUAGCGCUUUUCAUUUUUCUUGGUAGCUAUUGCGUAUUUCAGCCAUAUCUUCGUGAUUUCAUUAUUUUGAAGACUUUAAUUUGGGCUUAAAUUCAAACUGUAGUCAAAAGCACUAAAUGGAAAAUGUGACAUGUUGAUUUUUCUCAAAUUUCAACUGAUUUCAUUUAAAAAUUGUAUGGAUGUUGGUUGUCUUAAUAUGUUUUGGAAUUGGUACAUCCUGAAUUUUGGUCGUCUUAGUGGUGAAAUCACCAAACCAAAGAAGGAUGCAGUGACCAUAAAGUCUGGUUACUAUCACUGCUUUUUCAAUAUUUAUCCUUUUUUUUUUUUUUUUUUUUUUCAGGAGCAUGAGGAAAAUUCAUUAGCUAUAAAAGCUGUUAAGAUUAUAUUUUAUUUUAAUCUUUAAAUUCCCAAGAUUAGUCGCUGCAGGCCUCAAAGCUGCAUGCUUGAGAAAUAACUUAAACAUGGAAGUUUUCUGAAUAUGGAUUUUCCAAAGAGAACCCCACUUGAGGGAAAAGAAUAUAUGCAAUCCUGUCAGUAAAUAUUCUCCCACUACCCCACCUCCAUCUUUUUUUAUCCUGUGGUACUUCUGGAUGUUCCCAGUAAAUAUCCUAUAUCACUCUUAGCAUCCAGUGUUCUGUUAUGGAUAAAUUUUUAAAUAGCAAAAUACUUGUUAGGGCACACUUUCUCAAUUUCCAAAAUCACAAUUUUUUCACUAGGUCAAUUUGGCAAUUUCAGUGCCUUAAAUUCUUUCAACUUUGGUAUUAUCAGACGCUAACUUUCAGCAUCCAAGAAAUAGCCUACUGAGAGUCCUUAAUUGAUUUAUUUGUUGUCUCUACUACCUUGUUGAAAUAACUGUCUUAUACUUAAUUUUUAUUCCUAAGAAAAUAAAUGGGGAUAUAUUCUGAAAUUGAAGGAGCAUAGCAAUCUCAGAGUUACUCAAAAGGUGGUUUGAGAGGGAAGGAUUAGCCUUUUUUUCUUGGGGGGGUGUUGGGGGGAGAAAAGAGCAAGGUUUCUUUUCAGCGCUAAUCAAUUUACUUGUGGCAAAGUAUUAAUAGACAAUAGACCUGCUGACCCUAUUGAUUUUUGAGCACUAGAGACUUGUUUACUUUUAGCUUAGGCAAUAAAAACUUCACUGCCCUUAGUAGAACAUCUAAAAAUCCUUGAACAGCAUAACUUAACUUGCCAAAUAUCAAGAAUUUAUAAAGAUUUCAUGAACUUUUUGCCUUUACUAAUGCAAGUUUAAUAGCUUGUGUUGGGAGUACCAAUAGUUUUGGAAUGCUUAUUCCAUCUCAAAAGCAAUAUAAUGGACCAAGAAAAUGACAAUGAUUUUUUUUCCUUUAUCCAUGGUAUUAUUGGGUUGAAAGAAUUGUUUCUUGUUGUGUCCUUUUUUGUUUUCUUGUUUUAAAGGUAAAACUAAGUAGUAGUUCUGAAAUACUCAUUAUAACCACUGAAUUCUUCUUGGGAGAAAGCUUGUUUUUUGAGGGUGUGUGUGUGUGUGUGUGUUAUAGCUAUAAAGAAUUGACCAUACACUUUGUAUUUUUUUUUUUUUUUUUGAGCACUUUAUGCGUUUUAGAUAUUGCACUUGUGAAUGUAUAUUGGUAAUAAAAUCUUUCUCCACUAAAAGCCAUGUAUAAAGAAUAGUGAACAGAAAAAAAUUGAGUGUUUGGUUAUAUUUGUGCUUUUACUCACCAUUUGGUUCAUGAAGGAAACUGGUUUGCCUUUUCUGGUGUUACUAAAUGUUUUUUCCUACCAUUAUAUAAAAUGGCCUACCCAGCAAAAGUGUCAAUGAAAAUGUUCCUAUUUACACAGUAAAGUCUACUUUGAUUGAAACAUCUUUUCAAUACUGAAGAAGUUGUUGCCUUGGUUUUUUUUUAAGGUUGCUUUAUUCUUUUAACCCAUAUCAUCAAAAUGAACUUAGGGGAUGUGUACUUUAUGUAGUUUAUUUUUCAUUUAAGGAAAUGGUUUGCUGUGAUAGUAGUUUAUAUUGAACCUAGUAUAUACUUGGUAGAGACUUAGUUACUGUUUUUCCUUAAAAAUAUUUAACCUAAAUUAAGUUGCAAAAAAAGAAAUUUUAACAUUGAAGUAAACUUGAUUUGUAGUAUCUUAUUGUUUACAUUGGGUGAAGUUGUAUUCUAUUUUGUAAAUAGAACCAUCACUAUCUUAACUUCACUUCAACAGGCCUCGGUUUUCCUCAUGAAAAAUGAGGAGGAGGUUAGACUAGAUGGUCUCUAAAAUUUCUUUCAGCUCUUAAUUCUAUGUUUUUGUGAAAAUGCAUCAUCAGAAUCUUAAAGAGAAAAUGUUGUAUUUAAAUUUACAUACUCUAAUAUGCAAUGAAUUCCAAAUUCGUGUAAUACAUAUAAUUUGCCAGUGUUAAUAACAGGUACUGAAUUUGUAUUCUUAUCAAACUGAUCAUAACUAUCAUAACUACAAUUCUCAAAUUUAAAAGCUAUUUAGUGUUUUUACAAAGUGGAGAAAUUGUAAAGUAACAGCCUUAUUUAAGCUGAUUUGUAUUUGGUUAAUUUAACAGCUAUGUGAGUAUUUUGGAAAAUUUGUUUCCAGUAACAUCACUAGUUAAUGCUUUAUUUAUUUAUUUAAGAAUGUUUAGGGCACACUUAACAACUUUGUUUUUGACUAGUAGAAUUGAAAAUAGCUGAAGUUUAGGGGGGGGGGGAAGCAAUUAACUAGAUUUUCAAUGUAAACUGAAUCACACAAGCAUUAUUCUGAAAUGCCAUAUUUAUACAAAGGGGAAAAUUUCAUCAUUAUAAAUACAAACUUUAUCCUUCAGUGAUAGAACUGUUUCUAGGAUAUUGUAGUUUCCAUCUUUUUUUGGUAAUAGAACGCGUGUUGGAGGACUCAGGUACUUGUACAUUUAAUAUCAAACACUUGAUCCAUUCGAGAGUUUACAAAGGACAAAUGUAUAACUUGCGAACAUAUAUCAUAAAUUGAAUAUCUUUAAUUUUUAAAUAUCUUUAAAUCUUUAGUUGAUUGAGAAUAAUGUAAUAGAAAAAGAGCAGCUGUUCCCUUUCUGUUCAUAAUAGGAUUAAACAAAUGUAGCAGUGAAACAAAACUACAAAAAUCACAACCAGUGCUGAAUGAUGUUAGAAACUGAAAUGGGAAUGAUCUGUGUUGAGCAAAAGCUUAAAAAAAUUGUCAGUCUUUUCCUUUGGUAGUUAGAAUUUUAUUUCUGUCCUUCAUCUGCAUAUUAAUUCUUUGGCUUUUUUAAAAUGAUGAUAUACAUCAGUUUGCAAAAAAAAAAAAAAAAAAAACUGCAAAUUUUGGUUUGUGCUAUAAAUAUGACUAGGAUACAAUUAUUGAAUAUUGGGUAUAAUACUGAUUUUUAUCUUUCAAAUUUGCCAUGCUUGAAGUCCUGGUGCAUCUUUAAAUAAUCACUAGUAUCCUCAAUAGUUUCAACCUAGACAAUUUCUUAUAGAAAAUUAUGGAAAUAAAUUGCAUAUGCUGCAGUCUUUUAAUACUUUCAUUUCUACCUGGAAUGAUAUAAAUAUUAAUCUGAAGUCUAACCGUGGGAAAAUUGUAGCCUUCUGUUUUUGGAAAGGCUUUAUGUAUUUUCAAUUGGUAUUUAGAAAAUGAAAAAAAAUUCAUUCCAAAGAGCAGAAAUGUAUGUGCUAUUCUCCUUUCUUGCAGUAUUUUGAUGGAAUUAAUAACUUGAGGACAUGUGCAUAAUUUCAUCUGUAUAUAUUCUGUGCUUUGAGUGUAUAAAUUAAGCUAUAAGUGAAAAUAUUAAAACACUUUCUUAAAUUCAACUUAAUGCCCUUUUACUAACCAAAUUAUUCUAAAAAUAGUUUUGGCAUCCCUUAGAGAGAAUAGCUAGUUUUAUAAAUAUCAGAUUUUUUGUUUGGAUUCCCUUUAUCUAUAAAAGCCAUUUCAGUUUUAAAUUGCCUUAUUCUGUCAUAUUGUACUUGUCUGAAUUUUGUUUACUGUUUUGACACUGAAUCUGUGAUGUAAAAAUAUAUGAUGGACUAUAAAUUUUAUUCCUAAUAAAACUAAGUUAUACAGCAAUGUAAACUAUAAAACAUUACUUGUAAAUUGCCUAAUUUAUUUUUCAUCUUGUUACAUCAACAUGUACAGUUUCUUUGAUUCUCAUUAUGACUUCUGUAAACAUUCCCAUAUAAUUUGAGAUUUUCCUUAAUGCUCGUUUGCAUGAAUGAUGCCUGGGUUUCAUUCUGAUAUUGUAUUGCCAUUAUGCCAACCUCCUUAAUACCCUACAGACUUUUUAAAUAGUUGAUUUUGUUGCUCUUCUGUAUGAACAAUAGAAAUCAUGCUUUUUAUCUUUCCUAAUAAAAUUCUUUAAUAUUUACUGUGUAA